GUCGGCCGCCGCCGCCACCGCCCCCGACGGGAAAAAAGUUGUGAGGAUGCCCCCGCCUUAAGGCUCGCCCGGUUACCUGGGGAGCGCAGGCUGUUCUGUUAAAGGCGCUUUUCGUUACCUGCAUUCAUGGUCGCGUCCUGUCAGCACGGUGGUGUGGGAAUGAGCGCGGUUCUGUGGGAAUGUCGCCCCCCCCCCACUCCUCCGCCCCGGCGAUUUGGCGGCAAAACCCUGAGGUGACAGUUCGGUCAGAGGCGGGUCCCGCACUGCGGCGCCUCCGGUGAGGGAAACUCUGUGCGCUGACCGCGCUAAUGAGAGCGGUUUGCCGAGGGGAAGGCUGGAGGCCGGCUCGUACCCAAAUUCUGUGGAGUUUGCCCGGUGUUAAAAUUUCACAACUGCUCGCUGAAACUUCUUACACAGAAGAGGAAGCUAGGAAAUUAGGAGUGGUUGGCUGGGUUAAAAAUACCAGUCAAGGAACUGUAACGGGCCAAGUUCAGGGCCCAGAAGAUAAAGUAAAUGCGAUGAAAUCAUGGCUGAGUAAAGUUGGAAGCCCAAGUUCUCGCAUAGAUCGAACAAAUUUUUCCAAUGAAAAGGAGAUUUCCAAGCUUGACUUCUCAGGAUUUAGCACUAGAUACUAACAGAAGAAAACAUCACUAAGCACAAAACGUUUCUGCUGCAUGAAAUUUUCUGUGCCUCCUUACAGUGUCACAAGAGCAUUUGGAUGCUUUCUGUGCUAGAGAUAAUAUAAAUGGUCCCUGUUCACAUGAAGUAGGAAUUCUUAGUUGAUGUAAUUGAACGUUUAACACCAUGAAUGUCAAUAGCUAGUCUCUAAAAUGCCAACAUAUAAUUUAUUGCAUCUUGAAAGCUAGAUAAAUGGUUAAAAGUGUCAGUGAUUAUUUGUGCACAAUGAGACUUGUUAUAUAUAACCAUAUGGCAUCUAAUCUUUACACUGUGAUUCAUAAUUUUGAAUGAAAAUAAUGCAUUUCUGUUCUACUGUUUGUAAUCUCACCAAAAAUACUUAACUACAGAGCUGGACCACAGAUCUAUUGUGGCAGCUCUGUAUUAUAGAUCAUGUUGUUUGUGAUAAUUAAAAUAUAGUGGUAAUUUAAAUAUAUACUGCCUUAAACUAAGAUUAUCUAACCAGCUCUGGUUUAAAGUUCUCUAUAAUAACGCAGAUAAGUCUUCAAACAAGAUGAUGAAAUGUGUGAUCUCUCACCCCUUUUUCGUCUUCUACCUACAGCUUGCAUAUGUACUGACUAUAAAGGAUGUUUUGAUCAUUUUGCUCUUUUGAUGUUCUUACUAACAUUGAAGAUUUCAGUUAUUUUCCUUGUGGAUGCGUAUUUGCGCCCUAGUUAAGAAUGUGUGUUGGAACCUGACUCAAUGUGAUGCACCCACAUAUAUGAAUGAUAUCAAGUACAUGGAAGGUCCUGAGAAACUUGAGUUAUGUGCUUACAAUAAAUACUGGAUAAUUCUUUGUAGAAUUGGA